AUGGCAUUGCCGCUGCUGUCAGAGACGCGAAAGCUGUUAUUUGCUUUGUUCGAGGUCAGUGACUUACUCCCCGCAUCAAAUGACAUAUUGCUGAUCUGGGGCUUGAAUAUAGAUGACGAGGAGUUAAGCGCUACAUGGGAGGAUACUUAUUUCGGUGAUGAUGAGGUUGCGCAAGCACUCAAUGCCAAAGCGGUUGUGUUGCGCUUAACAGCAGGGUCGCAGGAAGCAGGAUUUCUGGCUUCUUUCUGUCCGAUUUCAAAAUUUCCGACUGUGGUUCUCAUCAAGAAUGGCGCUCUGAAGGAGUACAUCGGGCCAGAUAUCUCGAAAGAUGAUUUCUGCGGCCGUUUGAGUGCAGCUUUGGAGAAUGAAUCCAUACCAAACUCUAUGCCACAGGCGCAAGGCAAUGGAAUUGCUGAAACUUCAGCAGGUCCUACUGCGCCCGCGCCACUACCUCAGGGCCUACCGAUGGUGGAGUCCAAUGUUAGCCAAGCGCGACAACAGGCGAGCCAAUCUGCAACCAAGCAGCAGAAACAGCCAACAAAGCUUCCUAACAAAGAGACAAAAUCCACUGGCUCAGCAAGUUCUACACCUCCAAGUCGCCCUGUAGCAAAAGAGGCCACAAAAGAUAAAGGAAAGGCACCAAUGGGAACUAAAAAGCUUGCCGACAACGGUGUCAGGAAGAACGCGGACCCCAGCGAGCAGCCAUAUCCCAAACCUGUGGCUCCUCGGGGACCCCCAACCGAGUACCGGCUGCAAGUGCGCUUAUUUGAUGGAAGAUCAGUGCGAUCUAGCUUUACACCCACUCAGAGCAUCAAAAACGAUGUCCGGCCAUGGCUUGAUCAGCAAAUGGAAGACGACAACAGACCCUACAACCUCAAACAUAUCCUGAACCCUCUUCCCAGCGAAACACUUUCCGUCGCUCAAGAGUCUCAAACUCUCAGAGACCUGGGCAUUGGUUCCACUGCAAACCUAGUCAUGGUUCCCGUGUCCACAUACACGGAUGCCUAUUCCGCAGCGGGUAGUCUACCCGUUCGUGGUAUCUCCGCUGUAUACAAUCUGGCGACUAGUGCUGCCACCACUGCGACAGGGUUAGUCGGCUCAUUCUUGGGGUACGGCUCGAUCACUCCGGCAACUGAGUCAGCUUCUUCUGUACCUCAAAGCACUGGUACCACGCAACGCCCCCGAAAUGCAGGGCCUAAUAUUAGAACGCUAAGGGACCAACAAGAUGGGCGAGGAAAUAGUCAGCUCUACAAUGGAAACCAGUUGAACUUCGAGCCGCGAAAGAAUCAGGACAAGGAUAAAUGA